CUCGUGUCUUCCUCCAAAGUUUCAAUGUAGCACCACUAAACUUCGACCCAACUCCGGCCGUCUUUCAAAUCAUCCACAUCCAAAAGUCCAAAACCCUCUCCCCACCGACCUACUUUUUUUCCGCUCCCAUACCCAACUCAUCACAUUUCCAGUACUCUUUUAAAGCCUUUUCAUACCAUCACCGGUCCAAGAAAACCUACGGAUUUUAUUUUAUUUUUGUACAAUUAUCCUUUAAUUGCGGUUGCUAUGAUUUAAUACUCUCGAUCAAAGGCCGAACUUGUUCUUGUUGCACGUAAGAGCUUGUUCUCGUUCCAGGGUAGCUAAAGGACCUGCUUAAAUCACAUCAUGGGAGACUCUUUACGGGCAUCUAAUUCGGAUAGAAUUCUUGAAGCGAGGAGGGCUAUAUGUAGUAAAAAGCAAUCAAUAACUCACUCAGCUUUUGCAGCCUCAAAAGUGUUGUCACAGAAGGCUUUGAAAUGCAUAACUUCGGUGAAACAGCAGAUACAGGGCAGUGGGGUUGCUGGUGAUAUAAUGGUGUUUUUAGUAACUACUGCUGCAUUAGAGGUUGUGAGAAGGUUUUCAAAAGCCAAGUGUCCCUUUGUUUGGCGUGCUCUUCAGGCAUUGCAGAUCCUGUGUUAUCCGCCAUUUAAGUGGCUACAAAGGUGGCAACCUUUUAAGGGAUUGGGUAAACAUUCAAAGAAAUUGUCCAGGCCAAUGUUAGUUCUCUCAAUUUCAACACUUUUCUCUGAUCAACCUGGAUAUUCAACAGAAUCCUUAAAUGACAGUAAUGAAAUUCAAGAUGCAUCUUCCCAAAUGCCAAGGCCAGACACUAGUUCCUCAGCAGAGUGGUUGCUAGAACUCCGCAGGGAGCUGAGAAAGCAUGGCAUGGAAGUACCUGAAAGGCUUGGGGAUGAUGAACUCCAUAGAUAUUAUGCUGCUGUAAAUGGUGAUUUUUCAAAGUUGGUUUCAUCAGUCAAGAAGACAAUUGAUUGGAGGCAGAGUUAUAAGCUCUUUCCACCCCACGAACUUGAGGCUUUUUCUCAUUUGGUCUUUUGGCAUGGACACGAUUCGGAGCGGCGACCCUGCCUCAUCAUUCGCCUUGGACUUGCUUGCUCCAAUCUGCAAUCUGAUGACAGGCCACUUUUCAUUAAAGCAGUUGUUUCCCAGAUAGAGCAUGGUGUUUUGAACUUGGUUACUGUGGAUCAACCUCAGAUUAUGGUUUUGAUGGACUGUGAGGGGCUUUCUCCAUUUGGAUUUCCUAUACACAUGAUGAGAUCAUGUGCUACACUUCUGCAAGAUCAUUACCCUAACCGGCUUGGCAGUUUGAUAAUAAUAAGGCUUCCCCAACUUGCUCGAGUAAUCACACAGGCACUAUUCCAAGUUCUGAAACCAGCCACACAGCGCAAAGUAAGAACUGUAGGAGGGAACUAUCAGGAGAUUCUCUGCCAAUGCCUUCGGCCAGUUCCCUCUUUUCUUGGUGGUAAUUGCUCAUGCUCAAGAUGUUCAGACCCGCGCAGAGUGCAGGAUAGAGAUGAAGACAGUGCUUUGAUGCCGCCAGAAGCAGAACUUGUAGCUAAUAAUUCUCUACAUAUGCAUCUUCCCGCUUCCACCGAUACCACUGAGGACAGGAAGCAGUUGAAAAGGACUGUCAUCAUGGUUCUGCUGAUGUUGUUGAUGCUUAUUCUUGUAAUUCUCGAAAAACUUUAUCCGGAAAAGCUUUCACUUUUGUACCAGCAAAUGACCAAAUAAAUAAGUUUUUGAUGUAAUUUACGAUUUGUGCUAGUUUGUGCGGAUUCAGUAUGAUGCAUUCUUGGAGCUCCGA